AGGUUGGUUGGGUCGUCCCACGUGGAGGGCGCCGGGUGUUUGUGGGCGAUGGAGGCUCUGGAUCGCGUGGAGAAACCCAAAACCAAGAGGGCUAAAAGAUUUCUUGAGAAAAGAGAGCCAAAGCUGACCGAAAACACCAAGAAUGCCAUGCUAAUAAGAGGUGGAAAUGCAAAUACAACUGUCACUGAAGUACUAAAAGACAUUUAUGCUUUGAAAAAGCCCUUUGCUGUGUUAUAUAAAAGAAAAAAUAUAGCAAGACCCUUUGAAGAUCAAACCUCACUGGAAUUUUUUUCCAAGAAGUCUGACUGCUCUUUGUUCCUGUUCGGAUCACAUAAUAAGAAGAGACCUAAUAAUCUGAUAAUAGGUCGCAUGUACGAUUAUCAUGUUCUUGAUAUGAUUGAGCUGGGCAUUGAGAAGUUUGUAGCUCUGAGGGAUAUUAAGAGCAGCAAGUGCCCUGAAGGGACAAAGCCCAUGUUGAUAUUUGCGGGUGAUGCUUUUGACAUCAGCGAAGAACACAGACGAUUAAAAAGCCUUCUCAUCGAUUUCUUCAGAGGCCCAGUAGUGCCCAGUGUGCGCCUGGCAGGCUUAGAACAUGUUCUUCACUUCACUGCUGUGGACAAAAAAAUCUUUAUGAGAAGUUACAAAGUAUUGUUGAAAAAAUCUGGCUGCAAAAUACCAAGGAUUGAACUUGAAGAUAUGGGGCCUUCAAUAGACCUGGUGAUGAGGAGGACACAUUUGGCAUCAGAUGAUCUUUAUAAAUUAGCUCUAAAGCAGCCAAAAGCACUUAAGCCAAAGAAGAAGAAAAACAUCUCCCAUGAUGUCUUCGGUACAAAAUAUGGACGGAUCCACAUGCAGAAACAAGAUCUGAAUAAACUACAAACUCGGAAAAUGAAAGGCUUAAGGAAAAGACCAAGUGGAAAGAAGACUGAAGGUGAAGAGAAUCCAAAGAAACCAAAAUUGGAAUAAAUGGCUAGACUAGACUGAACAAUUGUGUUGGUUGAUAUUUUGGUUAACUCAUGAAGGAACUGGUAGAUCCAACUCUUGAAUAUCUCUUGCCUUAAAAACCCCUAUGAAAUUCAUGGGGUUGCUCUAAGUCAACAGGCAACUCAAAGGCACACCCAUACAAAUGCUGUAUAUACCAGAAAUUUCUAUUUAAAUGAGUUUUCACAUAAGUUGUAAUACUUUGUAAUUACAAAAGAUUGGGAUGUUUUUCAAAGAAGGAAAUGAAUAUGAAUUGGUUAAUGUUCUGGGAUAUUUUUGGACAGAUUUUAUCUGACAACCAUGCAUAAGUCACUUCUAUAAUGGCUUCCCCAGAUAAUUUCCUCCCUUUAUUAUCUCCCCAGUCCUUUUUGUUAACUUUUCAAGAUAGGAUGACAGUUUUAAAAGAUACCAUAUGUUAAUUAACAUAAGUUGUAGUACAUUUGUACCCUGGAUAAUUAAAGAAAACUUUAUCAGAUAUUUAUCUCUACUUAUGGAAAAACAAUUACCUGUAUUCAUAAGGAAAACAAGUACAUUUACUCAAAUUCCCAGGAAAUUGGGACAGUUUUGCUCAAGACUGUUGCAUAAAUUGUCACUUUGAACAAAUAAUUUCAGGUUUCUUUGCCCUUCUGUCCUUUCAAUCUGAAUUGGUGGCAACGGCUCUUUUUCAGGAAAAAAGUUGUAAAGGAUUGCUGUUUUAUGUUAAUUGAUCAUAUAAACUGCUGUAAGAAUAAAAGGGGUGUAAGUGA